ACGCAUCUUCACGUGGUGGGGCAAGCCUUUAGCUGAUUGAGUGUCUCCGCGAGACGGUCGUUAGUGUGCACGUUGCGAUCGGGUGGUACGAUGCGUUUUUCGGGGCUGUUGGCUUUGGCCGCCGCGGUUAUUUCGGGUAGUUUGGCGCAGAGUGAUCCCGCCGGGGAACGCCGCUGUGCCGGUGGGGGAGUCUGCGUUCCGUUCUACCUGUGCGAGAACGGGCUCGUCAUUGAAGAUGGGGACGGGUUGAUUGAUAAACGGUUUGCGGACAGUGAUUGUCCGGAGGACUUUGUGUGCUGCCAGGAGAGGGAAUCCGAGUGCCGAGGGCAGUGCGUUCCGUUCUACCAGUGUUCUAAUGUGGGCGGAAAGGACCUGCUGAAUUUGAGGAGCUUCGACGAUAAGUGUCCGGGAGAUCUGGUGUGCUGUAAUGAACCGCCAGUAAUACCAACUCCUUGUACUUGUGUGGCGUUCUAUCAGUGCUUGGAUGAUGUGGUGAACACUGGUGGGAAAGAUUUGAUCGAUUUGAGACAGGAAAAGUGUCCGGGUGAUGAAGUUUGCUGUGUAAAUCCACGACCACAGGACAAUACGAUCGUCGUCGAAAGCAGUUGCAAGGGGAAGUGCGUCCCGUACGCUCUCUGUCCGAACAAAACCAGUUCUUCUGGCCUUGACCUGCGAGCUUUCGAUGAUUGCCCAAACGAUCAAGUGUGUUGUGAAUCAUUGCCGGAUACCGGCUUUGAAGUACCAAAAGUUUGCGAUGGAAAGUGCGUCCCGUUCUACCAAUGCCCAGGGGGAGUUCCGAAUACCGGGGGACAACACUUGAUCAAUCUACGAAGUGAUGAAAGUACUUGUUCGGGAGAUCAAGUGUGCUGUUCUACGUCGAAUUCUUCACCGACUCCAGUCAUCCCAAAGCCAAUAGUAACGGAGUCCAGCAGCUGUAAUGGAACGUGCGUCCCCUUCUAUCAGUGUCCCAAGGGUAAACCCAACACUGGAGGUCAAAACUUGUUGAACCUACGAGGACUCGACGACUGUCCGAGCGAUUUGGUGUGCUGCGAAUCGACAAGUGAUAUCCUUCCCAAAUGUGAAGGUCAAUGUGUUCCGUUCUAUCAGUGUCCUGCGGGAUCACCUAAUACGAGUGGCAAAGAUUUGCUGAAUCUGAGACGUGACGAAGGAGCUUGCCCUGGAGACUUGGUGUGCUGUAAGGAAUCAAAAGAACCCCAGAGCACUUGUAAAGGAAGUUGCGUUCCAUUCUAUCAAUGUCCGAGUGGGAAGUCCAACACUGGUGGCAAAGAUCUGUUGAAUCUAAGAAGCAUUGACGAUUGUCCAAACGAUAUGGUUUGCUGUGAAUUGAACAAUCAUACGAUCAGCGAUGCUCCACCAACUUGUGACGGACAAUGCGUACCGUUCUACCAAUGUCCUGCUGGAUCCCCAAAUACUGGUGGUAAGGAUUUGCUAAAUCUGAGAAGUGAUCGCGGCACUUGUCCCGGAGAUUUAAUUUGCUGUAAGAAGUCUGAAGAAGUAACAACCGCUCUAUCUACAAAUAGCUGCAAAGGUUCUUGUGUUCCAUUCUAUCAGUGUCCCCAAGGUCAGCAGAAUACUGGAGGUAAAGGUCUGUUGAACCUCCGAAGCUUCGACGAUUGUCCAAACGAUCUUGUGUGCUGUGAGAUUCCGAAUACUCAAGUAUCAACUGAAGCUCCAACAAUUUGCGAAGGGAAGUGCGUUCCAUUUUAUCAAUGUCCCUCGGGAACUCCUAACAAAGAUGGUCAGAACAUCUUGAACUUGAGAGCCUACGACGAUUCCUGUCCUGGAGAUCAAGUUUGCUGCAAGGAGCCUGUUCAAACUCCGAAAUCGAGUUGUAAAGGAUCAUGCGUACCGUUUUAUCAAUGUCCCUCAGGAAAGAUAAACUCAGGAGGUAAAGAUCUGCUGAAUCUCCGAAGCUUUGACGAUUGUCCAAAUGAUCUUGUUUGUUGUGAAGCUACUUCAACUGAAAUAUCCACCAAACCUCCAACCAUCUGUGAUGGAAAGUGCGUUUCGUUUUAUCAAUGUCCCUCAGGAACACCCAACAAAGAUGGUGAGAAUAUCUUGAAUUUGAGAGGCUAUGAUGAUUCUUGUCCUGGAGAUCAAGUUUGCUGCAAAGAACCUGUUGAAACUCCGAAAUCAAGCUGCAAAGGAUCGUGCGUUCCGUUCUAUCAAUGUCCCUCAGGAAAAAUCAACUCAGGAGGUAAAGAUCUCCUGAAUCUCCGAAGCUUCGACGACUGUCCAAAUGAUCUUGUGUGUUGUGAAGCUACUAAAAACGAAGUAUCUACUGAACCCCCAAGUGUUUGUGAUGGAAAGUGUGUUCCGUUUUAUCAAUGUCCCUCAGGAACACCCAACAAAGCUGGUCAGAACAUCUUGAACUUGAGAGGCUACGACGAUUCCUGUCCUGGAGAGCAAGUUUGCUGCAAGGAGCCAAUUCAAACUCCGAAAUCGAGUUGUAAAGGAUCAUGCGUACCGUUUUAUCAAUGUCCCUCAGGAAAGAUCAAUUCAGGAGGUAAAGAUCUCUUGAAUCUACGAAGCUUCGACGAUUGUCCAAAUGAUCUUGUGUGCUGUGAAGCUACUACAACCGAAGUAUCCACUGAACCCCCAACCGUCUGUGAUGGAAAGUGUGUUCCGUUUUAUCAGUGUCCCACGGGAAUACCCAACAAAGAUGGUGAGAAUAUUUUGAAUUUGAGAGGCUACGAUGAUUCCUGUCCUGGAGAUCAAGUUUGCUGCAAGGAACCUGUUCAAACUCCGAAAUCAAGCUGCAAAGGAUCAUGCGUACCGUUUUACCAAUGUCCCUCAGGGAAGAUCAACUCAGGAGGUAGAGAUCUGCUGAAUCUCCGAAGCUUCGACGACUGUCCCAGCGAUCUUGUUUGCUGUGGAACUGCUCCGGUUGCGCCGAAGGUAUGCCAAGGACAGUGUGUACCAUCGUUCCAGUGUAUGUCUUCGACCAGUGGAGUUGAGGACUUGCUAGACUUGAGAAUAUCCAACGACGUGUGCCCUAAAGAUCGUGUAUGCUGUGAGAAGACCGAAAUCAUUCAUAUGAACCCCCAACGAGCCAUGUGGAUGCAGUGGAUCAACGACAUCAAUGGAAUGCAGAUCAUCGGGAGUCAACCCGUGAAGUAUAGCGAGUGCUCUCUUCAAAUCGACUCCAACGGACAGUUUGCUGAACAGCGUGAAGUCCCAUGGUUGGUUACCGUUUGGAGUAAGGUGCAAUACUUGGGACAAACUCGGGACGAUUACCACUGCGUGGGCACGGUUAUACGCUCCGACGUGGUCCUGGUUCCAGCGGAUUGUGUAACCAGCCUUCCAGCGUCACAGCUGUAUGUCAGAUCGGGAAAUUACAACUUGAAGGCGACUGACGGUGUAGAUGUAAGUGACCAACCUUACUCUUAA